AAUAAAAUCCAUUAAGUUAUAGGGUUUAUGAAGUGCAAGUCCGAGCUAGGUUGGCCUGCUAGGGUUUUGCCGCACCCGAGACUAUAUAUAGCAAUUUACAUCUCGCUUUCUCAUUCAGAUUUUCGGUGGCCAAUCUUCUCCUUGCAGUCGCCCAUCUCCUCCGAGCAGUCACCGAUAAUGGCCGUCGGAAAGAACAAGAGGAUCUCCAAGGGGAAAAAGGGAGGGAAGAAGAAGGCCACUGACCCGUUCGCUAAGAAAGACUGGUAUGAUAUCAAGGCUCCUUCAGUCUUCUCCAAAAGGACCGUUGGGAAGACCCUCGUUACCCGUACUCAGGGUACAAAGAUUGCUUCUGAAGGUCUUAAGCAUCGUGUGUUUGAGGUAUCAUUAGCUGAUCUUCAGAAUGAUGAAGAUAAUGCCUUCAGGAAGAUUCUCCUUCGGGCGGAGGAUGUUCAAGGAAGGAACGUCCUGACAAAUUUCUGGGGCAUGGACUUCACUACGGACAAGUUGAGGUCACUUGUCAAGAAGUGGCAGUCUUUGAUAGAAGCUCAUGUUGAUGUUAAAACUACUGACAACUAUACCCUCAGAAUGUUCUGCAUUGGAUUUACUAAGAAGCGUGCGAAUCAACAAAAGAGAACAUGCUAUGCCCAGUCCAGCCAAAUUCGCCAGAUUCGCCGCAAGAUGCGAGAGAUCAUGGUGAACCAAUCUCUAUCAUGCUCACUCAAGGAUUUGGUUGAGAAGUUCAUUCCCGAGGCAAUUGGUAGGGAAAUCGAGAAGGCAACCACAGGAAUCUACCCGUUGCAAAACGUCUUCAUUCGCAAGGUCAAGGUCUUAAAAGCUCCAAAGUUUGACCUUGGCAAGUUGAUGGAGGUGCAUGGUGACUACACUGAAGAUGUAGGUAUGAAGUUGGAAAGGCCUGCAGAAGAGACAACUGAGCCAGCUGCAGAACCAAUCGGAGCCUGAAAUGAAACUUAAAAUUUGAUUUCAAAAGCAAGCAUUUCUUUCCUGAACGAGCUGAUUUAAUGUUUAAUGUGGUUUUUAGUCUGUUUUGACAAUUUUGGAGCUUUUUAAUGUGUAUUCAGAAGAUUGGUAUGAAUGCCGUCCUGCUAUCCUUUUAUAUUGAUAUACAUUUGUUAAAAACUAUGGCAUUUUGUAGUUUCGUCGGGUACUCGGGUACCAUCUUUCAGGAAAUAGUUAUUUACAAAUAUGGGCGUUUCUUUCCUCUGAAUAGAUUUGAGACUUUGAGUAGAUAACUGUCGUAAUAAUGACUUGUGAAAUGUUGAGGUUGCCUAUUCGGAUGGGGGUGUAAAAUGUGUAAUCUGAAAUGGUCUUGCACUGAUUUGUAAUAAAUCACUUGAUCCC